ACAGUAAUGGCGAAGAUUGCGAUCAUCGGAGGAGGAAUUAGCGGUGUUGCGGCGGCGAAACAGCUUCGUAAGCAUGAGCCAGUUGUGCUUGAAGCAACAGAUUCUCUUGGAGGUGUGUGGAAGCACUGCACCUUCAGGACAACCAAACUCCAAACUCCCCGAUGCGAUUACGAAUUCUCCGAUUUCCCUUGGCCAGAGAGGGACAAUUCCAACUUCCCAUCUCAUCUCGAAAUCAUUGACUAUAUUUACUCCUAUGCCACCCACUUUGAUGUCCUCAAGUUCGUCCAAUUCAACUCCAAAGUGGUUCAAAUCCGGUUCAUCGGAGACCGGAACUCCCCCACCGAUUAUGGUAGUCCAUUGACCGGAACACCCGUCUGGGAAGUCGGAGUCCAGACAUCUGGGUCCGAAACCAUUCAGUGGCAAAGUUUUGAGUUUGUGGUUAUGUGCCUUGGAAAGUACGGUGACAUGCCAAACAUACCAGUGUUUCCACAUAACAAAGGACCUGAAGUAUUUGGGGGACAGGUUUUACACAGCCUUGAUUACAGCAAGCUCGACCAAUCGUCUGCCACAGAGCUACUCAAGGGAAAGAAGGUUGUGAUCGUCGGUUACAAGAAAUCCGCCAUUGAUCUUGCAUAUGAAUGUGCUGAAGCCAACCAAGGUCCAGAAGAUCCAGCGUGUACCAUGGUGAUUCGGACCCUGCACUGGACAGUUCCUCACUAUUGGAUAUGGGGACUCCCUUUUUACCUCUUCUACUCCACUAGAUCAUCUCAGUUCCUUCAUGACAGGCCUAACCAAGGCCUGGCCAGGAACCUUUUCUGCCGUCUCUUCUCCCCCUCCAUGAGAAAAGUUGUUUCGAAGAUCAUUGAGUCUUACUUGAUGUGGAAGCUACCACUUGUGAAAUACGGGCUGAAACCGGACCACCCGUUUGAGGAAGACUACGCAUCUUGCCAAAUGGCUAUCCUGCCGGAGAAAUUCUUUGAGGAGGCAGAAAAAGGGAAAAUAGAGUUCAAGAAGGCGUUGAAUUGGUGGUUUUGUGAGGGAGGGAUUGAGUUCGAUGAUGGCACUAAAAUAGAGGCUGAUGUGGUCGUGCUAUGCACUGGUUUCCAGGGAAAGCAAAAGAUCAUGGAUGUCAUUCCAGAGCCCUUCCGUAGCCUCCUUGUCCUUCCUAAUUCUGGCUUGAUGCCUCUAUACAGGGGAACUGUUAAUCCUUUGAUACCCAACAUGGCGUAUGUUGGAUACGUGGAGAGCGUGUCGAAUCUGCACACGGCGGAGAUAAGAUGCAAAUGGUUGUCAAGGCUGGUGGACAACAAAUUCAAGCUGCCGCCUGUGGAAAGGAUGCUUGAACAGAUAACAAAGGAGAUGGAGAUAAUGAAGAAAUCAACUAGAUUCUACAAGAGGAGCUGUAUUUCGACAUUCAGCAUCAAUCACAGCGACGAGAUCUGCCAUGAAAUGGGAUGGAAUUCGUGGAGGAAGAAGACAUGGUUUGCUGAAGCUCUCAGUCCUUACAACAGCCAGGACUACAAUGAAGUGGAGGAAGAAGAUCAGAAUGGACAAGAUGAAUUCUGCAUUCAUGAAUCCUGAUCAUGAUUUUGGAAGUUGUCUGAAGAU